ACUUUGAAAGUAUCUCUCUUUCUGAGUUCUAGAGAAAGCAAAGGAUCCAGCCGUAAGUAGACAGGGAAAAAAAUCACAUUUAUGAAGCAGAUGUAAAUUGCAUCGUACUUGUAUGGUGGUUAAAACCUGAACUUUUAAGCAGAUACCAUUUAACAUAUAUUUUAAAAUAUCCAUUGUGUUUUGUUUUUUCCAGUCAGGAACUUGGUAAAUUGUCUUCCUUCUAUCCAUAGUCUCUGAUUUGUGAACUUUCUGAUGAACAAUGCUAUAGCCACCCUACAUUUUUCUUUCCCCAUUUGAUAAAAUGUGACAUUUUUAUUGCAUGUGCAGUGCUCUGUGCAUUUGUUGCUUGUUUUUAAAAAUUGUUGUUGUCCUUAUUUUAGUUAUCUAUUGGAUUCAUUUAAUUUGAUCCAAGAGAACCAUCUAGUAAAUGGAGAUUCAGAGCUAUAACUCUAGUUUGAUAGCAGUCCCUUCCAAACAUUGUGUGUGAAGUAGCAAUCACUUGUAAUAUGUUUACAGCCCUUGUCUCCUGCAAAAUAAGUACCGUAAGUAAAAACAAGAAACGACAAACAAGUUUUAAGUGUGUAUGUGCUCUUUAAUUAGAAAUGCAGUAUCUUUUAGUAUAUCCCAUGUAUAUUAAUUUUGUAUUGGGCACACAAAAUUAUAUCUUGAAACUGGUUUGAUUGAGGUAUCUGAGGAAAAUAUAAAUCUAAUCUGAUAACUCAGGGUAAGCAAUUGACCUUAUUUUCUUGCAACACAAGAUGUGUAUUUGUUUGCACUGUAAAAUCUUUUGUGCUCUUCACUUUGUUUUGGGAACAAUAUUAGUCAUGGUGAAGGAUUGGGACUGUGGUGUUUUUGAGGUUUACUUUUUGAAAAUGAGCAGUGUCAUUCUGGGGGGGCAUAUUUCAUUUAAAUGGAGGGCUUAAACUGUAUCUCUUUCCGAAGGCACCAUAUGCCAAUCUACAUCCUUGUUGCAGUAUUUCUGGCCUCUGAAGUAGCUCUAGCAAUUACCGCUUUAAAUGCCAGACUGCAUUGGCAGCACCAAAAGUGCUCACUUUGGUUACCAGGAGACUCAGAAACUCUGGGAUGAUGUGGCAACUGAAGAUGCCAGAAGAAAGCAGAAGCAGGUAUGGAUUUGUGGUCAUUCGUAUGUUUUCUGGGCAGAAAAACGGGCACUCGUAAGAAGCUUUGGCCCACAACUGGGCAUUCGAGUGGAGGAUGCCAAAUUGCACUGGAUAGGAAAGAGCGGCAUGAUGUGGGAUCAGUUAAUACCCACUCUGUUUCAUGCACGAAGGCGUCUGCCAGAUCCUGAUGUGCUGGUGAUACACCUGGGAGGAAAUGAUCUGGGGACAACAAAAUUUGUGGAUCUUAUCAUCCGAAUUAAGAAGGAUUUAGGAUUUAUCAAGCACACAUUCAAGAAUGUCAUUCUGGUCUGGUCAAACAUUGUGCCCCGAAAGGCAUGGAACCAAGAAGAGACGUAUAGAUUCAUGGAUAAGAGCAGAAAAAAUGUCAACAGGGAAAUUGGCAACUUUAUGAAGUUUAUCGGAGGGUGUGUGAUCAGACACGAUUCCCUUGUACCAGAGUCUCCGGGUUUAUUCCAUCUAGAUGGUGUCCUCUUAUCUCAAAGUGGUACUGAUGUCUUCAACCUGGAUUUACUGAGUGUUUUGGAGACUUUGAUAUGACUUUGGAGGAAGUUUGACAUUAUUGGCCAUGUUUUUGACAAGUAGGAACCUCACCAGGGGUAGGGAAUACACCAUAGGAGGAUUCCCAAUGAUAUGGGGAUACUUUGGUAGUGUUUGGAGUUGCCAUCUCUCAUGUGGGGGAAGCAGUACUGGUUGCUGAAUACAUUUCAGAGGUUGAUAAGUGUUUCUGGCACAUAAUAUUUGUUACCCCACUAUUAAAAUGAAAUGUUAUUCCCAGAUACUAAGCUUUGUUGUUCUGCAAGGUCUAUUUAACAUUUUAUUUUGAGCUUAAUUUGAUUAAUUUAUGUAACUUGUUUAAAGGGACACUGCCAAAUAGUUUUUACCCCCUUUUUAAAUACACUAUCUUCUCUAUGUAAAAUCAUUCAGUAGUAGGUAGCUUUGUGAUAGGACCUAACGUAUAAUUGAACUUUUUGAAGCAUUUCAUUAUUAGAGAUACAGUAAUACGAACUAUAUGGACAUAUUCACGAUGACAUUUUCUGACACAGUAUGCAACUUUAAAGGUAUGUAAAAUCGGAAGGUAGGUUGUCUGGCAGAGCAGGAUGUUGUGAUUUGAGACUUCGGGGUUCUAUUCCCAGCUCUGUCACUGAUUUAUUAUGGAAAUAAGUCAGUUAACUUCUCCAUACCUCUGUUUACCUGUCUGUAAAAUACAUAAUAAUUACCUCAGAGGGGUAUUUGACAGUUCUGAUGACAGUUACUAUAGAAGUUCAGUCUUGUUACUGUGAAGGUAUAGACUCUUGACAUAAUGUCCUUUUUAAAUAACAAACUAUUUUUAAAGACUUGAAUUUGUUAUAGUAUUUUUGUUUUUUUAAAGAUGUUUGAAAACAGAUUCUUUCCUUACCAGUUUUCUCCUUUUCCAUCUUUCCAACAGUUUUCCUCUUUCUAACAAAGCAUAAAAUUAACAAUUGUUAAUUUUGCCCCAAUAUCUUUGAUGUUUUCAGCGUAGCCCUGGCAAAAGUGUCUGAUGCUCCAGAACCAGUAAGAGGCAUUCUUGCUUUUAUUUUGCUCCUUCAGAAUUGAGGCCUUUUAAAACUUUCUCAUUGUGGAUUUUCUUCUUCUUUGAAACUGCUUUGAUUCACUUGAAACUCAGGUUUUUUCUAAUGUUAAAUUGCUAUAAACUGCUUGACAGUGUCUCUUUAACUUAGUGAUCAUGUAGAAAACUGCAGCAUUUUCCUUCCAGUAAUUGUUGCGGUAUAUUUAUAUUUAUUUUUGUUGUAGGGAAAAAGCUUUGGGCCUGGUUUACAGUUUACUUUUUGCAUAUAGCCAACCAGCACUAUAACUUAAUUUUGUUAGUUGGGAGUGCUGAGCUACAAAAAAAUCAAAAUAUUGUGAAAUGUGUUAGCAAAUAUAUUAUUCCAGGUAGUUAAGAUUUAAAAAAUUAAAUUUUGUAGAAAAGAAUUUUAAUAUUUCAAAAAUCUCCAUCUUCUCUCCUGUCUCAGUUCCCAUUGUCAAGAUAUGUAUUACAUAACGUUCAUUAAUUUGUAUUUAAAGUAGUUUUGGUCAAUGGACUCAAGGAACCUGUUUUAUUUUCUUAAAUGAAGACUCCUGUCAGUAUUUUGAUAGCUCCUUGAUGCAGCAAUUUGCAUUUGGAAAUCUCUUUUUGACAGGACUUGAGAAAGGAACUGCUUUAACCUUACCCAGGUGCCCCUUCUCCCCAUUUUCUCUUUAAUCAAGUCUUCUUCCAGAAAGAUAUUGGUUAUGCAGGGAAUUGCCUGCAAAAGGACACUUGUCAGAGACAGGAUAGAGGUGAGUAUUAGGAGUGGAGGAGUGUUCAUUCUUCACUAUUCUGGCCUUACAUUACUCAAAUUCCCAGCCUCGCCAACUUUUUGGAGGAGGAAUAAGGAAGCUGCAGUUUAAUAGAAAACACCACAGUCUGUAUACAGGACUCUAAGGCAAAAGUAAUAGAAUAUAGGACAGUGUGCAGCCUAAAAGUUAGUUUGGUGAAGCUUGCAGUAGGGACAUUGGAAAAGAUUUAUUUGAGUAUUCAUCUCUGUUCUUGAAUACCUCUGAAGGUUUCCCUCCUGUACAGGGCAAAUCUGUAGCCUUUAGAGGAACUGGGGUUGACUCCCUCACGCACUGGGAAAGGUUCUGCUCAAUACAUACGUAUCAAGGACUUAGAAGCACUUCCAGCACGUAUGACAUGGGUACGUUUUGUACCCUACACUUGGAUUAGAAUGUUCCCCGAUGGAAAUACCUACUCUCUGGCGAGGUCUACGGUCAUAUUUAUACCUUUUUGAUGUUGGACGAUGUUGAUGAUUAAUGCAUUUAAUUUGUAUAACUUGGUGAUUGUGUUUUACAAAUAAAGUUGUA